AUAAUAGAAUAAACUCUAUCCCUAUUAAAAGUUAUUUUCAAUUAUAAAUGUAAAUAGCAGUUCCCAAGUAUACGUUUCUUUCUCUAUCGUCUACUAGUGAAUCUCAGCAGUCAGGGUUGCCGCCUUGAAGCAAGAAGAAGAGGAAGCAAACACCCAUUUCUGCUUACAAACUAAGAAGGAUUAACCUAGGAGAAACUUGCUUUUGCCCUGGUUGUUUGCAUGGAACCAAAGCUAGUAGUGCACAAUGGUGGUUGCCACUGCAGGAAAGUAAGAUGGCAUGUCCUAGCACCUACUAGUGUUGUUGCUUGGAAAUGCAACUGUUCCGACUGCUCCAUGAGGGGAAACACUAACUUCGUUGUACCGCAUGAAAGGUUUGAGCUGCUGGGAGAUUCCAAAGGGUACCUUACCACGUACACUUUUGGAACUCACACAGCAAAACAUACAUUUUGUAAGGUUUGUGGAAUAGCUUCAUUCUAUACCCCACGAUCAAACCCAGAUGGCAUUGCAGUUACACUCAGAUGUUUAGACCCUGGAACGCUCUCCGAUGUUGAGAUUCGGCAUUAUGAUGGGAAGAACUGGGAGAACUCCUACAAUCAGACUGGCAUUUCAUUGUGUUCAAAGGAGCAAUCCGCAAUUGAUUCCACCCAGCAGCAGAGUGUUUCUGCUCUCUUCAUUUAUUAUUUAUUUAUUUCUGAAGCACUUCAGAGAGUGAAAAAAUGGAUCAUUGUGGAGUUGGAAAUUACAUAUUGCAGGAAUCUAAUUAAAGAAUGAAUGCAGAAUUGAAAGGAAAACUCCGAGAAGCACUUUAGAGAGUGAAGAAAAGAAGAGUGCAGAACCUUAAGUCGCACUGUAAGAAGAUAGCUUUGAAGACUGAUGUAGACUUUAUAAUCUAUAAUCUGGACUGGAAGCCACCUUGAUGUUUCUAAUGGAUUCUAUGCAAUAGUUGUAUAAUAAUAAAUGAUUAGAGAGUAAUUUGUUUCUUACAAUUUGAUUUUCCUGAAAACUUAAAGAAUUGA